CCACAUAGCAUUAGUAUAGCCAAAGAGCCAGUUGAAGCCUGGUUGAGAUAUUGUGCACAGUGCAAACUUGCACACUGCACAGUGACUGGUGAGGAAUACACAUAUACAACUGCAUACACGCAUCAGCACAUACACAUACAAAAAUUUUUUCACUGUAUUGAAUUAAAAUGGCCAAUAUUGGUAAUUUGGAACACGAAAUUGCAAAUUUGCAAUUAAACAAUGAUGGGAGCCCUGUAAAAACAAUCAAAAUUGGUAAAAAGGUUGGACCAGCUGUUCCACCAAAACCUAAAAAAUCUAUACCCCAGGUACCACAAAGUUACACUAUAAAAGCUGCAUCAAUUCCAUCCUACAGUACAGUUCUUAAUAAUGUUGGUGCUAAUGAAAAGACAUCGAAUCUGUAUAUGAAUACUCCAGCUCCGUUUACACCUCAAAAUUUGAAUAAAAAUGAGUACUUAGGUCAAACAUCACUUAAUGGAACUAAUUCAUCAAUUAGUUAUCAAAACAGUGAGAACUUCUAUUCAAAUGAACCAAGAGAAAAAUUUAAUUCAGCUUACAGAUAUGAUGAUAAAAAUGUUUACUCCAAUAUUGGUAAUUUGCCAGCUCCACAAGUGCCAGUAUUAAAUGAAAGAUCGCACAAUUCAACAAGAAAUGCUGUUUACAGCAAUAUCGAGCCUGCAGUACCAAUACCUGUUCCUCAACCCAUUCAAAAAGAAAAAGAUAUUGUAUAUAGCAAUAUUCAAUGGAAUAACUCAAAAGUAGAAAAUACUUACUGCAAUGUACCUUCACAAGGCAAUUCUAAUGAUGAAUUACCUCCACCACCUGAGUCUUCUGAAUUUAUUACUUGUGUACCAAGUAGUUCCUUUCCUCCUCCACCAGAAGAACUUCCUCCUCCUCCUAGCCCUGUUUCAUCAAGCUACAGUGAAUUAAGAUGUGCUACUUACCAAACAGAUUUUCCAUCUGAAUCAUAUCCUAAUGAUAUAUAUGGUCCAAGUUCUCAAUCAAGUUCUACCUAUGAAUCUAUUUAUGAGCCAAUAAAUCCAAGACCACCGUCACAGCUGUCGUGCAAUUAUUCUGUAUAUUCUGGAUAUGGUUCAGCAUCUCAACAACAGGGAAAAGUAUCUUCAGUGAAAGAAGUUGAUGUAUUGACUGACCUGUUGGUUCAAGGAAUGGAAGACAAUAGUGAUGAUAGUGAUAUAUAUGGAAUUUGUGCACAGUGUGGUAAAAGAGUUGAAGGUGAAGGCACAGGUUGUUCAGCAAUGGAUAAAGUUUUUCACAUAAAUUGCUUCUGCUGUUUUGUUUGUAACAUAAAUUUGCAAGGCAAGCCAUUUUAUUCUCUUGAAGGAAAGCCACAUUGCGAAGAUGAUUAUUUAAAUACUCUAGAGAAGUGCUGCGUUUGCACUCUACCAAUUUUAGAUCGAAUUUUACGAGCAACAGGAAAACCAUAUCAUCCAUCAUGCUUUACUUGUGUUGUAUGUGGGCAGAGUUUAGAUGGCAUUCCAUUCACAGUUGAUGCUACCAACCAAAUUCAUUGUAUUCAAUGUUUUCAUAAGAAAUUUGCUCCUCGUUGCUGUGUAUGCAAAGAACCAAUUAUGCCUAAGCCAGGAGAAGAUGAAACUGUCCGCGUAGUGGCUUUAGAUAGAAGCUUUCACAUUCAAUGUUACAAGUGUGAAGAUUGUAAUCUUGUUUUAUACUCCGAUGAUGAAGGAGGAUGUUAUCCACUCGAUGAUCAUGUAUUAUGUAAGAGUUGUAAUGCAAAAAGAGUUCAAGCUUUAACAUCACAUAUGAUAACAGAAUUAUAAAUUUGCCUUCGUCCUUCCAGAAGACUAUCGUUUUUCACUUUUAUACUAUAAAACUAUUUACUAAUUUUAUUGUAGAAAAGUGUUGCCUAUAGUUUGAGCAU